AUGUCCAAGUCUGAACCCUUCAUGGUGCCCCUCUAUGAGGAUGAUCGACUUGUACACACGGAUCUUCAACCUCUUUACUUUGAGGAAUGGUCUGCCGCUGACGCGGAUUCCCCGAUGGACCCAGAGUGGGCCACCCUGGUUCAGCGUUCUUGCGCUCUGGUAGGCUCAGAGGCACGACCAGUGCAGAUCAAAAUGCGCAAGCCUUUUGAUCCCGAGUCUCUAGUUAUGGAGAUGCAUCUUGCUGACGGAAAGAGUGUAUUCGUACGCAUCAUACCCCCCGCCGUCAAUGACACUCUCCUUCAUUCAUGGACUGUGGGUCGGUUCGCGGCGGAAUCGGCCGUUCUAAGGUGGUUCGAACGCAUUGCUCCGAAACUACCUGUACCUCGCGUUCUCGCCACAGUUGCAGAGGAUGGUAUAGCCGUAACGACACUCAUGCCAGGGAUUGACGCCAUGCAUGUCUAUCCUCUUCUAAGCACUGAAGCAAGAGAACACUCACUUGUGGCGUGGGCCCAGUUAUCUACACAGAUCUUCAGGUUGCAAGCUCCGCAACGCUUCGGCUCGCCCUUCUCAUUUGAUGCAUCUAAAUUGAAACCUGGCAUGCAUGUAGGAGUAUUACCCGAUGCUUGCAUCACAGUCGACGACAGCACCGACCUGUAUACUUUCUUCAAACGCCUCGCCGACGUCCGUCGGGGUCGCUUACCUACACCUAGCGACCAGAAGACGCAGGAUGCGCUGUCAAAACGCGUUGAUAAGUUACUCAAGGCCAUCCGGCCCAUGAUCGAGAAUCUCACGCGCGAACCCUGGAUGCGACGUUUCGUGCUCACUCAUUGUGAUCUUAGACCCGACAACGUGCUGCUUGCUCCUACAUCGGGAGAGCCCGUCGGUAUCGUCGAUUGGGAGUUCUGCGCAUGCCUGCCUUCUAUCUUGGCCGCUAAGUAUCCUGAAUGGAUAUGCCCUACGAUUCUGGUGGAUCCGAGAUAUAGAAAUCCGAGGGACGUCUUCCUCACCUAUGAGUUCGACUCAUGGAGCGAGCAGAAACGGCUGCGCGGCAUCUACGAAGACGCUGUCAGAAGACUUGAUGAGGAGUAUUGGAAGUGCCUCAUCCAAGGCGCCAAACUACGAGAGGCAUACGCAUGGUUGGAAACCGCACGCAGAGACCUUGAUGGCGUCGGGAUGGAGCGUUGGGUUGAGGAUGUCUUCGGCGAUGCUACUCAGGAAGAUGUUCGUACAUGA